AUGGUGAAUAAGGGGAAGGCCAAGGGAAAGGGUAAAUGGAAAGGCAAGAAGAAGAUGGGAUCUAAUUCUAAUGCCAAUCCGAAACCUGGUCCGACUAAGGCCUUGAAACCGAAAGGUGGUGUUCAGAAGGAUGGUGAUUGUCACUAUUGCAAGAAACCAGGUCAUUGGAAGAGGAACUGUCAUGCUUAUUUGGAGAAUCUGAAGAAGAAGAAGGCUGCUGCCGCUUCUGAUUCAGGUAUUUAUGUUAUAGAAGUCAAUUUGUCUACUUCAACAUCUUGGGAACUACAGGGAAGUAGGACAUUGGCAAAGGGAGAAGUCGACCUACGAGUUGGCAAUGGAGCAAAAGUUGCUGCUAUAGCUGUAGAUGUAAACUCUGAACCUACACCUACAACAACCAAUGAACCUGCUCAGUCUAGUCCUCAACAAAAACCAGCUAGAUUCAAAAGAAGGGCACACAAGCCAAAGAGAGCCAAGAUUCCAGAAUCUGAAAUUACUGAUUUCACUAUCCAAGAAGAGCAAACACCAUCAAGCCCAAUUCCUGUUGAUCAUUCUCAAGCUCUGAUGGUGGAACCUCUUCAAGCUGUUCCUAUCACUGAUGCCACACCAUUAUCUCCUACAACAUCUCCUAAAGCAUCUCCUACAGCAUCUGCAGUAGAUGAAGAGAUCAGGUGUGAUGAACCAGUUACUGCUGAAGCUGAAGCAACUCAGUCUGAUUGUCAAACUCCACUAUCUGAUCAUGGUCAAAUUCCUCAAUCUCCAAUGAAAAUUCCUAAGGAUGCCAUUGUUCAUGAUACAGCUCCAGAGAACUACAAGUCUGAUGCAGUUGAGGAAAGUGACAAAGUAGCUGUGGAAGCUUUACAAUCUCUGGCUCAGACUGGUGAAGAGCCCAUCAAGUCACAGUCUGAAGAUAAAGGAAAAUCUGCUCAGGAUAAUGUGGAGAAAGUUGCAGAUCCUGUUCCUGCAGAUGAAAAAGCAAACUCUGAUACUGAGGAUGAUACCAGUUCAGAUACUGACAAGGAUGACAAUGCUGAAAUCCCUUUGACACAACAGAAAUGGGAGUCUACUAGCCAGUUCAAUGAUGACCUUGAUUGA